GAGAGAGAAAGAGAAGCAGGGUGCGAACGAGCGAGAGGGAGGGAGGUGGUGACGGAAGUGAAUCUGGUCGAAAUAUGCCUUUGUUUCUUGGCGCUCACCUGACGACUGGUUUUAGCGCACCUUAUGUACAGAUACCUGUGAUAUUCCUUCUUUGUCUCGUUCACGAUCGAUUUGGAUGGUAGUUCUUGGAAGUGAGAGGAGUUUCUGAUCUGAAUUUUUGUUUGCGACGAGGUAGUUUUCGGACUGCAGGCGCUUGUGCAUUGUGUGAGAGUUGAUUGGAAAGUGUGGGGUUUCCUCCGUUGCAUGCGCUCGAUACGUACCGUAUCUCACCAAAAUUCCUGGCUCGAGUCGAUUCAUCCCGUCCAAGCUCCAGACACAACCGCUUGAGACGCCUCGGCUUUGAGAUGUGAUAGAGGUGAGCUUCAAUCGGCAGCUUGGAUACCGGAAUUCGACUGAAGAUAAGAGAUCGCAUCACAGAAGACUGGUGCAGGCGAACGAACCCAGUGCUAGACAUGGUACACACUCCAUGGCAAGGAGCGACUCGUGCAGCACCUGCAAUCGUCAAUGAGUAUCAAAUGGAUUGGUGAGACGCGAAGGAAGCGAUUGAUCAACGAGCCAGGCUAAGUGAAUGCAAUGCAAGCCGAGCGAUGAAGCAGAAGCUAUGAAUCACGGUAUGUUAGCGAAGGCAGCAAUGCCCGAGCCGGAGUUCUGCGUGGACGGCAUAUCUUCGGAGAAGCCGUUCAGCAUGGAUCUUCGGAACGGCUUGGUGGUGGUCGAAGGCGGGGAAGAGAAUGCCGUCAUCUCUUUCUCAGCUCGUGUCGGACCACCUGCUGCUGCUGCAGCUGCCGCUGCUGGCGGACCAGGUCCCAGUUCCGGUUCCGGUUCGCCAGAAGCGGAGGGCUCUGUGGACAGCAAAUCAUCAAUUGAGAACCCGUUGAACAGCGGACCUCAAAUUGGGCCGAUCGUCGAGGGACAAGCCCCACACCCCAUCGGAUCGUCAGCUGAGGGCACUACGACGCGCAACGGGUCCGAGAAGGUCGAUCGUGCUGACCAGCAGACGACGGCUGUCGACGGGAUCGCGCACUCGGAGAACCUCCCGGAUGCAGAUCGUGGUGGGAAGAUGGCUGACGGCGACGGUGGGCCGAGGAGCGGAGACGCGAACCUCACAAUAUCGUCGUCAGAGGUCGGGGCGAGCGUGCAGGACACGGGCGGGACGCAAGAGGAGGAGGAGAAGGAGAAGGAGCAGCGGGAGCUGGAGCUGGAGCAGGAGCAGGAGGAGCAUGGCGCGAGCAAGGGCGAGGAGUCUGUCAAUGCGCCGUCGGACGAGAAGAAGUCGCUCGAUGGGGAAUCCAGGGACGGAGAGGCUCACCAACGAUCACUGAGGACUGAGGCUGGGGGAACAAUGAAUGGCGAAAAUCCAGAAAAACUGUGCGAACGGGACCGUCAAGACGACAACGUGCUCUACGAGCGGGUGAGCGCCGGGUGCCAAGGACUGAAUGCUGAUCCUCCUGAGAAAUCAAGUGACGUUGGAGACCCCGAUGUCGCAGCGUCGUUCGAUUCGUCGCGGGGCGCUGCGAGCUGUCUGGAAAGAAACUCGCCCGACACAUUCCACGGCUCGGCAGCGGGAGCAUCGCUGGCGCCGCAUCGGACUUCAGACGCCGGGGUCAGUUUCGAUGGCAAAAUCUCCGAGAAGUCGUUCGGCAGUAGCGUAUCGCGGCGCGGCUCCCACCGGACCCGACACAGCCGAGGCUCGGGCGGCGGACUGCCCAACCCGGCGCUGGUGGAGCGCCUGUAUAAUCCUCCGCACAUCUGCAACCACGUCCGGUGCGCUGCCAAUAACCCCGACUACGCCUUGAGACAGACCGUACCGCCCAAGAAGUACUUGGUAGCCAAAAAGCACGCCUACGGAGGAGUUAGCGACAAGUCCCGGAGGACGUCCUGUGACAACGUCGGAGGAUCCAGCGAAAAAUCGAGAAGGACUUCGUGCGAUCACGACAAGAGCUACGCUCUGCAUUCCUUGACCAACGCGGGGCCCGGCGCCGACAAGGCUCGGAGGAACUCGGCCGAUCCCGACAAGGCGCGCGCGGGAAACAACAGCGUCAACAACGGCGGCAGUGGCAACCACGCGGGGAAGUCGAGAAGGACUUCGGUGGACCAUGACAGGAACCACGUUCACACCACUUCCGGAGCUCCGCACCACAAGCGCGGGAAGAGCACUCCUCCCGUGGGCUUCACGCCCCACGGCGCCUGGAACGCCUCCGUCGCGAUCGAUAAGAAGCACGAGGCGCACGGGUUCUGGAGUGCCCCGGUGCACGACAGGAAGCACGGCGAGCAGGCAGCAGGCGCGGGGGGCGGCGCUUGGAACAACUCCGUCGCGGUCGAUAAGAAACAUGGCGAUUACGGGCCCUGGAAUGGUUCGGUGGCCGUCGACAAGAAGCUGGGAGAGCGCCGGGACAGGCCCCGGUCGAACCUUCCGGGAGGAGGAGGGGCGAAACACGGCAGCACCAAAGGCGAUCUGGCGUUCGGCUCGCGCCGCGCUUCCAACGAGUCCUCCGUCACGGACGAUCGGCGGCAGAAGCCGCGGCGAAGCUCGUACGCGUCGGAGGCCGCGGCGGAGGAUCGCGGCGGGCGCUGCGAGGCGCCCGUCAGCGAGCAGCAGGCCGAAGGCUCGAGGGGAGCCGACGCAGCAGGCGAAAACGGCUCGCCCGCGGCCUCGGUCGGAUCCAACAUCACCGAUCAGUCCAGCCCGAAGGACGCCGCGCUAUGGCAGCGGCAGCAGACCUCGCCGGAUUCGUCCUGUGUCACCAGCGGGCACUCGCCGUCGUGCGAGUCGCUGUCAUCCGUCGUGCGCUCGGAUUCCAGAGUGGCGACCAGGGCCAGGUACGAGCUGCCCACCGUGGCCUCCCAGGUGCCCAAGCCCGCGUCCCACAGCCCGUCCGAAUCGACCACAGGUUCGCUUUCGAAGCCGUCGUGGAACAGCUCCACCUCCAAGGUGGCGCUGGCUGCUGCCACCCCGCCCUCGGUCGGCUCCGCGGCCGCCACUUCCUCUCUGGCCCGGACGUUCAUCGCUAAACUGAAAGAGAGCACCAAGACGGCCGCGUCGGCCGCGGUGGCCAAGGCCCCGUCUCUGCCGUCGUGGAACUCGUCCAUCACCGUCGCGCCGAAUCUGUUCGACUACUCCACGACGGCGUCCGGAGCGUCGAAGCUGGCCCGGCGCUUCAUCUCCGAGAUGAAGCAGAGCUCCAAGGCCGGUCGCGCCAUCAAAGGCGCCGAGGACCAGAGCGAUGCCCGCGCCAAGGUCGGCGCUUCGACGCCCGAGGGCUCCGCGACCGUGUCGUCGUCGUCGAACGAAAUGUCCGUGCCCAUUCCCGAGAGCUCUGCCGAGAAGCACGUCGAUCCUGGAUUUCCGAAUCCCUCGACUCCGACCUCCAAAUUGACGAGGUACGGUAGUAUGCGCGAGGGCUCCAGCAUUCCCACGCCGAGCAAGCUCGCCAAGGUGCCCAGCAUGAAGGAGAAGGAGAAGGAGAGCAAAAUCCCCGGCAGUGUCAAGUUCGGCAAGCGAGGGCGGACGUGGGUCGAGGCCGAAGCGCGCAAGAAUGAGACCGUCAAUCUCAAGAAGGGUGAGACCGCAGAACGACGACUGUCGGAGGAGUAUAUGACGGAUCACACCCUGACCACCACCGUCCCGCGCGACAUCCAAGGCGGCAGAGUGCGCAGCCUUGUGCACGCCUUCGAAAGCUUGAAGACAGCUCCCGACGCCGAGCACCACCACAGUAAUGACGAAACUGUGAGAACUCAAUACCAGCUCGAGCUCGCAGCGCUGCCACCCUCACCUUCCCCGAUCGCUGCAUAAACCUCCGAUCGGCCCGGAAUUUGAGGCUGGGCGGCAGAAGCAAGAUCUGGAGGAGGAAGCGCCAUUAAAUUAAACUUUUAGCUGAAUCAUCUGGAAACUACCAUGUCGGUUAAAGCAUGGCCAGAUAUGUCAAGUGUAUAUUGAUGUUUGAUAAUUCUUCGGAGUGUUCGUUCAACUUAGUACCAUCCAUUUUGCACAGUGUAGCUCUAGAAGUCACAAGUUGAGAUUGUGAAGGAAUGUCACUGGCCUCUUUCCCCUCGCAAGAGGAUGCGUGACGAAGACAAGAGUGUACAGGAGAUAUAGUGUUUGAGUAUCUACUACUAGAUCUUUCUAUCCAUGAAGAAACUUGUGGAUUACUGCAGACAGUGAAGUCAGUUGAGAAAAGUAGAAGAAGAAGAAGAAGCUACUGUUUUGUAGCUAGGUAGGACUUCGAUAAAUGUCAGGUAUAAAUAAAGGUGUGACGGGUUUACUGUCCUGAUCCUGAUCGUCACUUUUCAGAGCAGGUUCCUUGCUUUCCUCCUGACUGACGGAGUUGGACUGAUCUCUUCGGAGGCUCAAUCAAAAAGGCAGGAGAUCCAGCGAAAUUGAAAGCGUGCUUAGAGUCGUGCCGACCGAGCUGAUGAAUAUGUCGGACAGCUUUCAGUAACCAGCAUCGUACUUCUGGGCUUCAAGUUCAGGUUAAUGGGCUUCCCGAAAGAGCUCCGUCAGGCAGGCGAAUCUCUCUCUCCUCUCGACUGUGAGAGUACUCAAUAAGUGCAAUUGUUGAUAGGAUCAGAGAGACUGCAGACUCUUCCAUUGAGUGCAUUUCCAAUUUAGACGCGGCGAUUGACAUCGAAGGAUAUACUCAAGAAGUUAGGACGAAGUACAUGCUCUUACAAAUGUGCAGAAAACGAAUCGAAACGAAUUUGAAAAGGCCCUGGGAGAAUAUGCUUCCUUACAUCCGUGGAGGUUGAUGAGGAUGUCCAGUAGUAGGAGCCUGGAAAGUUCCUCUCAUAGAAGUGCAUGCCAGAAUUCUAUAGAGAGGAUAUAGAAUAAGGGGGUUGUUGUCUGCUCCUCACAUUACCUCCUCAAGGAAGGAGAAGAAGAACGACUCUUAUUCUUGGUUACUUGAUCUAACGCGUUGGCUCUCUACUUGGGUCAGAGUCUCGUGCCC